AUGCGGGCAAAUCUUGACCCUUUCCCCGCUUUGAGGUAUAGACUUCUCAAUUGCAUAUUCAGUCCGUACGUUUUACUGCCUCACGCGACCUUCUUCAUCACUCUCUGGCUAAUGGUCGCUUUUCAGAAAGAUAAAGACACUCUUUCUGAAGCUCCGACUACUUUUACGACAACUGCAACUGUCACUGCCGCCCCUAGAACACAGAAGGUAACGCUUACUGCAAAUUUUACAGCCAGCACUACAAGUAGUUACUCACCUACUUCAAGCAGCCUGGAACCGAAAAUCGAUGAUUUCCUUGCUGCGAAGGCUAAUGAUGCCGCCCAGGUGCUUAACGGGGUUCUUCAAGGAUACGUCACAAAUAUCAAUUCGAAGGUUGCAAACUGGAACACCUCAAUCAAAACACAGCUCUCAAUAUGGGAGCAGCACUUUACUUCCUUGCAGCAGUACAACCAAAGCAUUUUUUCAAAUUUAGAAAGCCAAUCUCGGGUGCUUGACUCUACUGUUCAAUACCUCACCUCCAAUGGGUUAUUGGUGACAGCAGGAAAUUCCCCUAGCAAUCUUGAAGGGCUCGAACUCAAUGUCAGCUUCCUCGAAAACAUUUUCAGCAAUGUCUCCGCCAACUUGGGUGAGCUUAGAAGCGGAGUUUCAUUCUACCCAAAAUAUGUAACCUUGAUGUCGAUUACAUCCAGUGAAACUGAAGCUUGGCUUUCCAACAGUACCGAAGUGCAAAGCUCUCUUCAGUCAUUGAAAGAUAGCCUCCAGUCGGCCAGCAACACGACGGGCUCAAAAUCGGUUGUAAAACGAUCGGAAAGCAUAAUUUUGAUAAAAAGGAAUCGUCGACAAAAAGGAGUCAUGUUGAGUGCACUAUUUUCUACAACCUACAUUGUCUGUACGAUUUUGGUGAUGUGUUUGGAAUACUUGAUUUUUCGGAUUGAAAUGUCCCGUAUUCGUUGGACAUCAGAACAUCUGGUAGUUCAAAGUUGGGAAAAGAUAAAUUUUGAUAACACAAUAUACCGUCUGCAGGCUCAAGGUGACAUUCAGAAUACCCUGACACCGUAUGCUUAUUUUGCCAAAUAUCCCAUGGCGUGUACCAGCAACGAGAUCAUGAUAAACGCCAUUGAACGAACCAUAUCGCCUUCUUCGCGAAAACGCCCCAGAGUCCAAAAUACGAUCUUUUUCCUUCAUUGGUGGCUAGCUUCGCAUGGUGUGGCAAUAUGGCUUUUUCUGGUCACCUUUCUAGUCGAGGGCCGGAUUAUUGGCCAUUUUCUGGUAACAUCAUCCGAAGUCGACUCUGGGCCAAUUGAAAAGAGAAGCAAUACGUUUCUUAGAGCGGAAACUGCCAAUAAUAGCCAAAUAUCGUCACUAUGCACUGCUUUUGAAACUGUCGUCAAUACCGAGCUUUAUACUGCUGCAAAUAACCGGCUUUGGGGUGUUCAAAACAACACUGUUGCAACUGUCUAUGACAAAAUGCUGCAACAAUUGCAGCAAACAGGAUCCGAGUCUCCAUUUCUAGAAAUUGCGUUCGACACCACACUAGGCCGUUCUGAGUUCCAGUUUGCCAAUUUUUCCAGUUUCCUAGCCUCUGGACUUUCGAACUCAUUUCCUAAAACCGCUGACACUGAUCUUCUUCGACUCAGCAGACGAGACUUACCUUCAAACAAAAGCUCCGGACCUACAAAAUACCGGAAACUACAUGCUAAAAUUGUCUGGACACUGCUGGGUUUCGUUUUUAUCCAUCAUUCCUGCGGAUUUCUGCUGGCACUGCUAUCGUGCAAAAACCCUGUCAUCUUGUCUUCGGAACACUUUUUGCCGCCCAAAAACCGACUAUACUACUAA